ACAUGCGCAUGCGGAACAUUAACAUUACCUCGGCAAUAUUCAGUUACUUGUACGGCGUUCUAUGUAUCACUGGUACAUUAGUGGUCAUUUUGGACAAUGCCAAAGUUGACAUACUCUUCUGUACUUAAAGUGUUCGCUGUCACCCUGGGUUUGCUGGAGACAGGUUUGUACACUGUCAGCGUCACGGGUUGGCCCUCACUUGUCUAUAUCUUCAGGGACGCAGGUUUCCACAUCGACCUCUGCGGAGCUAACUUGACAACGGACGCCAACUGGUCAGUCUCUGGGGAUAGUGGGCAUCAGGGUAGCCCUGGCUGUCCGGAACAGGAGCAGGGUCUAAACCUGGUCUACACUGUGGCUAUAUCGUUACAGGUCGUGUUGCCAGCUCUAGGUUAUUUUUACGACCACUAUGGUGUGAUCCGCACCCGAGUAUUGUCCAUACUUUUCAAUCUUAGUGGAUGCUUCCUCAUUGCCUUUUCUGAACCAGGACUGGAAUGGCUCCUGUAUCCGGGUGCAACCCUCCAUUUCUUGGGGGGUGGGAUGCUAAUGACUACAGACAUGCAGCUAACGUCUUUAUUCCCUGCUAAGAAAUCCUUUAUUGCCACUCUUGUCUCUGGUGCAGCCGACAUGAGCAACUUCAGCUUUGUGUUGGUCAAGUUGGCGUAUGAUGCCGGGAUACCGUACCGUCUGUCUUUGAUUGCCAUGGGGUGUGGAACACUUGUUAUUGCCACCGCCACCACCAUUGUGCUGCCACCUCGUGAGUCAAUGUUAGACAAUGACAAGGACAGACAUCCAGAUGUCAGUGACAUCAAAUGCUCUGACAGCUGCCUGGUGUCCUGCAGUGAGACGAUCUACGUCAUUUCUCCAGUGGACUCCGAGGUAUCUGCCGAAUCUUCAAGUGGCACAAAAAACAAAGAAGAUGCUGGUUUUUGGGAUAACCCUGCUGUGGAAGUUGAUCCAGAAAUCACAGACGACCCAGGUGCAAUUUUGACAAGUUUCACACGUGGUGACACAUCAGACUUUUCAAACUGUGACAAGAAGAAAAACGCCGAGAUAAGUGGAGAGACAGCCCUUAAAAACGGAAGAGUAGAUAUUGCCACUAUAACCGGCCAAGAGAAGCCCUCCACAGAAAGGGUCGGCUUAUCUGUUUCCAAGGCUGGACAGGAUUCUGCAACCAAAAAUGAAAAACGCUUGCCAUUCAGUGUCGUGUUGAAGGGCGCAAUGUUUUGGAUGACACAAUUUUGGUUUUGCGGAAAUUCCUUCUUGAUUGUUUCAUACUUCGGCAGCUUUAAUGCCAUGAUAGAGUACAGAUCAUACGGGGAUGUUAAUGCAAUCAGCCAUUACACCAAUGUCUUUGGUUAUCUACAGCUUGGUAUCAGCAUGCCUCUGGCCAUAUUUGCCGGCCAUUUGGUCAACAGACUACACAGUGGGGAGGACAGAAUACACGCUGAACCAAAGACGUUCAUUGGUCCAUUCCUAGUCACGUGUAUGUCGGGACUGCUGCUGUGGGUGACAUGCGCAGUGCCGGUAUUGGAGGUACACUACGUGGCCAUGCUUCUUCACUGCGUACUGCGGACAUUCACGUACGGGGUGCAUCUCGCGUUCCUUGUGUAUGCUUUGCCACACGAACAUUUUGGGAAAGUAUUUAGCAUUCAGCGGGCCAUAAUGACGGCGGUCACUGCUGUACAGUACAUCAUGUUCUCCUGGCUGAAGAAUGGGCUCAAUAGUGACCCACUUUAUUUCAGUCUAACUUUAUGUGGUACAGCCUGUGCGACGCUCUGUCUUCCGUUCUAUCUCAUUAGACGCCCGGCCGUGUCGCAGACAUGAAAUGACAUAGUUGAUGCUGAGACUACUUAAUAACAGAUUGUGUUAGUUGUCUCAGAAUAUAAGUUACAUACCUGAUGCUGAGACUACUUAAUAACAGAUUGUGUUAGUUGUCUCAGAAUAUAAGUUAUAUACCUGAUGUUGAGACUACUUAAUAACAGAGUGUGUUAGUUGUCUCAGAAUAGAAGUUACAUACCUGAUGUUGAGACUACUUAAUAACAGAUUGUGUUAGUUGUCUCAGAAUAUAAGUUACAUACCUGAUGUUGAGACUACUUAAUAACAGAUUGUGUUAG